GAUGCAAUCAUAGAUAAGUUUAGAUAAAGUCCUGCUACUAGAGAGUAGAGCUUUACAGGGGUGAUAACAAGAUGUCCCUUUACAAGAAACUGAGGAGCAUCUUGGACUAUCUGCUAGGUCUUCUGGUCUCUAUAUUCUCUCUCAUCAUCAAUGGGGACCGUGCCAAGGCUAGGAUCCCAGCUAUCAGGAACCCUCUACUCCUUGAGAGUGCCACAAGCCUUGCCCGUAAGAUUAGGACCAGAGAGGUAACUUGUACCGAGGUGGUGGAAGCCUACAUUGCACGGAUCAAAGAGGUCAACGACCUCCUCAAUGCCGUGGUCGUCGAGCGAUUCAACGACGCCCUCUCAGAAGCGGAGCAGGUUGAUAGGAUGUUGCAAUCUGGGGAUGUGCCUGAGAGAUACUCUGAGAAGAAUGCCCCAUUGCUUGGUGUUCCUGUGUCCGUGAAGGAAGCAUUUGAAGUGACAGGUAUGCCAAACACCAGUGGCCUCGUUAACAGGAAAGGGGUGACGGCCCCACGUGAUGCCCCGCCUGUCGCCAACAUGAAGCGGGCGGGGUGCAUCGUACUGGGACUGACCAAUUGCAGUGAGCUGUGUAUGUGGUAUGAGUCUGCUAACUAUGUCUACGGGAGGACAAGCAAUCCUUAUGAUAUCAGGCGGAUGGUUGGGGGUAGUUCUGGAGGAGAAGGCUCAAUCAUUGGUGCUGGAGGCUCAGUCAUGGGCAUUGGAGCUGACAUAGGGGGCAGCAUUCGCAUGCCGGCAUUCUUCAAUGGCAUUUUUGGUCACAAGCCCAGCUGUGGUGUGGUCAACAAUGAUGGUCAGUACCCGACUGUCCAGACAGCCAAGGGCAAUGAACUAAUGGUAACUGGACCUUUGUGCCGAUUCUCGGUGGACCUCAUCCCUCUCCUCAAGGUCAUGGCUGGGCCACAUGGCUGCGCCAAACUGCGAUUGGACGAGCACGUUGACCUGCGAAGGCUGCGGUAUUUCAGCAUGGGAACGGACGACCGGAAGAUGCUUGCCUCUGGUUUAGAUCCAGAGCUCAGAGCUGCCCAGCUCAGGGCAGGCAAGUACCUUGAGGAGAAACUGGACAUUCAGGUGACCCACAGGACCAAUCGUCGAUUCUUCUACUCUAUGGGUAUGUGGACGGCGAUGAUGACUGCUUCGGAUGAGGAGAGUUUUACCAGUCAGAUGGGUGACCAUGGAGCUCCGGUCACUCCCAUUAUUGAGCUUGUCAAACGCUGCUUUGGUCAGUCCACCCACACUGUUCCAGCAAUCCUUCUCGGUCUGAUUGAGAAUAUUGACCGUCUCAUGCCGGGUAACAUGGAGAAACUUCUCAAGGCUUGCCAGAAACUACGCAACGAGAUCUCCACCAUGCUGGGCGAUGACGGCGUCCUCCUCUACCCUACCCACCCCAAGAUGGCGCUCUACCACAACGCCCCCAUCUUCUACCCGUUCAAUGUAGCCUACACGGCGAUCUUCAAUGCCCUCGGCUUUCCGGUGACGCAGGUCCCGCUGGGACUCAGCACCAAUGGGCUACCGCUCGGUGUUCAGGUGGUCGGUAAUAAGUACUGUGAUCACCUGACCCUUGCCGUUGCUAGAGAACUAGAGAGAGGGCUCGGAGGCUGGACUUCUCCUAUUGGUGUUUCUCACUUACAUGGUAAGACAUUGGAAUGAUGGUAUUUGUCACUUAUUUACAUGGUAAAAAAUUACCACAUUGAUUGUAUUGCUUGUAUUGCUCAAUCACAUGGUAAAAUCAUUUUAAAAUGAUAAUAUAUUUUUAGUUGAAUUAUAAUUGUAUUUUCUUAUUUAUAUUAUAAUCUUUGUGUGAUUGUUUGUCUUAUGGUUAUAUGCUUCAAGAUUAGGAUAAAAUACAUCCCUCAAUUAUGCAAUUAGUUACAAGAAAAAUGAUAUUUCUAACUUGUAUAAUGAAAUUAUACAUGUAUAACAUUAGAUUAUUUAUUUGCAUUAUGAAUUAUCAUAACAAUAUUUAUCAUCGACUGCAAAGUCAAAAAGGUAUUCAUCAUUAAUAUGGUGAUUUUUUUUUCCAUGAUUGUUAUUCCUAUGGAAAUGGAAAUUCAAUAGUACACAAGCAUAUGUUAUAAAGUCAGGGUGAACAUUCAAUAACAGUAUUACCUACAUGUAGUCACUUUUGUGGUGAAGCUAUGAUGGCAAAAGACAAAGUCUGAAGGAGAAUUUUUUGCUUUCUACCACUAUUGUAUUGCUGCUUAGGAAAUUGAAAUUGAAGACUUUCUUCCCCAUCGAAUAGUAUUACCUACAGUAUUUUGGAUCCGUAAGUUUGAAAAGUACUAAGAUUAAUGAUAUUCUAUGACAAUUGUUUAAUAUAUAUAAAAAGCUUUUAAAAACCCUAAACAUAUAUUGGAUUUUUUUGUCACAACCAUACAAUUACAAUAGACCAGUUCGUAGUUACUUCAUGGACAAUUUUGGUCAAAUGACCUUUCAUUUAUUUCAUUAUGAUAGGCAGAUUUCAAAGCAAGAUAUUAUGUAAGCUUGCCUUACAUGGCAGGAUGAAGAAAUUGAAUAGACCAGGUGACUAGAAUAGCACACCAAUGAACACUUUAUGAAGAUAUUUGUUGCAUUCCUACUUUGAAUGCAUAUCAUAGCAUGUUGCACAAUGUACUUGGCAACCUGUGAAAUACCAGUCGUUCGUGGACGCAUUGUUGUUUUUUGUGGAUGUAAAUGAAAACCACAAUUCAAAAGAAUAUAUGAAUAAUCAAGACAUCAAAGUUGGUGCUUAUCUCAUUAGAUUUUAAACCACCAUGUCACUUUAGUAUAAAUGACCUUCCACUGAUCAUGCGUAGAAUCUUUUGAUCAUGUGCAGAAAGGAACUACGAACUGGCUUAUUAGUUAUACAUUAUGAGUUUCGUUCAGAACUGCUGUUACAGUUGUAAAGUGAUAACCAAAAAUUUUGUGUAAGAUUUUGAUUAUCUGUCUUAAUGGGUGUUGGGAGGGGGAGGGUUUGAGGAUUAAAAGCAGAAGUUAAUGAAUUUCUCAGCCAGGGUGUGCAUGUGUGGAGGUGGGGGGGGGGGGGUGAUACUCUGAUUUUACCCCUCUUCCCUGGCUUCUUUGAAUUGAUAUAUGACUCUCUUACAUUCCGUAUUUGCAGUUUGCAGAGCAGCGUGAUAUGACGACAUGAUAGAAUACGAAAAUCGAAGGAUUUUUUAAAACAAUUUUUUCCAUUGAUAUUUGAUAUUUUUACAUCAGAUUUUAAAAGAAUGUAGCCAAUUUUUUAUUGAAGUGCAUUUUAGGAGUAAUUGAUGAUAGUAAGAAAGGAGAGCCAAUAUCAAAGUGAGUGCAGUGAUAACACUUGGGAAAAUUUGCCAUUUUAUACUUAAAUUACCAAGGAAAAUUAUGUACAAUCUAGAUUUAAGAUAAAGGGACAUUUGUAGGCCUAUAAUUCAAAUAUUAUUCAUGAGUAGAAAAUAUUAGGCCAUUCUGAUAUCAACAGUGAUGAUAUCAGUCAAUGAAAAAUAGCCCCCAGCUGUGCAACAAUAAUAGUUUCUACAUGUUUACAAUAUUUUCCUGAGAAUUAUCUAGAUCUAUGGUCACAGACAAUGCAGGCACUAUACUUCUCAGCAGUUGCGGGUUUCAGCGAUAUGAAUGAUACGCUUUCCGAUCGCCUCCUCCUAUUAUGAUAAUAAUAAUUUAUAUAUCGUAAAAUUGCAAAUUGCUUUUUAAGCGGUUGAGAGAAAAGAAAUAUUGACUGGAAAGAAAGAGAGAAAUAUGGGUAACGAGAACAAAGGUUCGCAUAAGAAAUACAAACCAGUUUAUAACACCCAUCAGGGUCCUGUAACACAAAGGUUAGCGAUUGAUUGUACGCUUGAUCUUUACGACUGAUUGUACAUUGUAGUCAAUGGAAUCAAUCGUAGAAAAAUGUUCUACGAUCAUUGCUAAGUUUUGUGUUACAGGCCCCUGAAUAUGAGUCGCUUUCAUCCAGAUUUUGUAUCUGAUAGAAUAGACAUAGGACCUUGUGUGAAGGGUAGUUUUUUGCUUAAUGAUGUGUGAUUUAGAGUGCAGUAUUAGAAAUUCAAUCUCUACAUGUAUGUGAUUUGAAAGAAUUUCAGUUGCAAGACCAAAGAAAUGUACCUGUUGUGCAUAUUAUUUUUGAUGCAAGAAUGCCUUAAACAUUUGACUCUGAGUGGAGUUUGCUUUUGUAAAAUUCUCAGAGUGCUAAAGUUUGACACAAUUUUUGUUGCAUUUCAGCAUUUUGUGACAUUUCAGCAGUGAAUGAUGUAAAUCCUCUACAUGCCAGAUUUGACACAAUUGAUUCGUAUUGACCCGAGGUGUGGUCACACCAUGCUUACUUAGCCCCAUUGAAAUAAGUAUAGGUUGGCCUGGUUCAUAACCAUUUGGAACUCGAUCAAUAGAGUACCGAAGCGUGACGUCACUGUCAUGACAAUGAACCAGCUGGUUCUAAACAGAGUCGCAGCUGACGAUCGUUUAUACACAUUUGCAUUUGCAAAAAUUACCAUCAUUCUGAGGUUGCGAGCGAUGAAAUUUUGAUAGCAGCCAUUUUCUCCUAUGAGAAACACGCUCCGGUUUCAUUUGUUUAGAACCAGGCUGCCAUGACACCAUGGCAACUGAUGUCAUCGCUUCGGUACUCUAUUAUACCAAUAUUAGCGGGGCCAAAUGUAGUUGGUAUUCAGAAGGCCACAUCUAGACUUAGCCUCCUUAGAACAAUUUCUACCAAAUUUGGGCUGUGCACAUUUUAUAUCAUGCUACACCAAGACGUAUCCACAAUGUUGAAAAGCAAAAAAAAAAGGUUAUUUUUUAUGUCAUCGCUACCGUAAUUUUUGUAGUGGUGUAAGGUUUUGUCUUAAAAAAAUGUAAAAAGUGACUUGCAGAUGGUAUGUGCUAAAUCAUUGAAUGCAGUAUGUUAUUAACUCUUUUUUUUUACAUUUCGUUUUUAAAUUACAAUAAUGUUGACCUCAUCUUGCUAUAAUCAUGUGAAUCCCUCUAAGAUUUCAUAUGUUCUUGUUUUAUUGGUGCAAUGUUCAUGUGUUCAAUUUUAGUAUUGAAGAUAUUUAAUCUUAUUACUUACCAGAGCUACUGGUGAAAAUUACAGUAUUUGUGCGAUUUGCUUUGUCAAAAUAAUUAUUUUCGUACAUUGAAUGGUUUUAUGUCAAGUUUCAAUAAAAUGGAUUUGGAGAUGUAACAGUUUACUUAAUAUUUGUAAUUGAUAGUAAAAGGGCACAGGUCUCACCUGUAUUUGAAAAUGGUUAAAGUGUGUGGAUGUAACAUAAAUAAAUUUAUACAUAAUAUUUGUAAUGAUAGUUAAAGGGCACAGGUUUCGCCUGUAUUUGAAAAUGGUUUAGUGUGUGUCAUUGUACAUGUUUCUGUACAUCUAUACUUGGCCUAUGGUAAAGACUGGAUAAACAGGUUUUUGGAAGCUUUUCAGCGUCCUCAAUCUAACCUGUUAGAGCCAUCGUUAUGAAAAAGUUGGAGAACCGCCAAGUCCACAAUGCGUUCUUUUGAGGCCAUUAAAAGUACUUCUAGAGGUCAAGCAGGUACAAAGUUCCAAACUUCUUUCUCUUGCGUGUGCGUUGUUUCUUACGUGUUGGUUUGGCCCACUGGAGUACUUUUCCUGUAGCUUCAAAGGUCAAGUGUGCAGCAGCAUACAAUGGGAUCAAUCCAGCUUUUUAUAUCAAAGGUUAGAACAAGAUGAAUACCCGUCAUUCAAUGGUGGUGGUGGUGAUUACCCGAUUGCUAAGAAAGCAUGAAUGCUUGUUAGCAAGCAACCAGAGGACCGAUGGUUUUAGGUCCUCUCCGAGGGACCUGGUAAUGAGGAUUAAUGCCUUGCCAAAGGGCAGUAGCGCACCAAGAGGGAAUCGAACCCGGGUCACCGGAAUCCGAAACCCCCGCUCUACCGACUGAGCUGUCGUGCCCCCUAUUGCAUUAAUACCCUGCAACACAAGGAGACACAAUCAAUCUUAAAAUCAAUUGUAAUGCUGUUCCAUGUUAUGCCAUAUCUUUAAUUUUAUUCUGAGUUUUAUGUAUACAUGUUUUUUUUCAAAUUGUAUUGUGAUGAUUUUUCUCAACUCUGUCUAUUGACAUUAAAAUUAUGAACUAUUUAA